UCUCUAUAUCUCUUUAGAGGCUUUGCUCUGACAUGCAUAACAAUGUUGUUUAAUUCAUUGUAAGAAAUGAUGAUCAGAGCUUGUAAUGAGGCUCUGCACAAGAUUCUAAGUGUCUCAUUAUAGUAAAUAAACUCAUCAUAGAUACCAGGACUAAAUUUAGUAUAUAAACGCCAGUACAUGCUUGUAAUAACUAAGCCUUGUUAUUACAGCUUAGUUUGCCCUUAAAGGCCUUGUCUCAUUGAUUUACCAUGGUUGAUCAAAAUUGUAUUGAUGGAAUUAGAAAAUUAGUUAUCAAGGAAACUGAGGCAAUGGAAAUAUCACAGCUGAUGAAUCUUAAGAAAUUUAACUUUAAUUAUAUCAUAUUUAUAGUACUGUGUGCAAUAAUAGCCUAUGUUUUUCGGGCUGGUGACACUUACAUAAUGAAACCUGUAUGGAGAAAAAGAGUAGAGCCUCACUACUAUAGUAACAGGGACUAUCCAACAUUAGACGACAGGUUACCAUCACCAAUUAUUACUGAUUUAGAAGGUGAUGGGGUGAAUGAAAUCAUUCUUAUAUCGAACGACUAUAAGUUGACGUCUCUAGCUCUUCCAGAUAAAACCGAGGAUGAAGAUGAUCUAACAUUACCCCAUGUUGUUGUUAAGAAUAAAAUACAGUUACCAAUAGCAACCAAAGAAGAUGGCGGAACAAGUAGGCCUGUUGUCAUGUCUACUGGAUUCACUGUGUCUUAUCAAUCCAUGAUUCAGAUUAGGAAACAGAUCAUAGUGAUAGCCACUGAUGACUGGCAGGUUUUCUGUUACUCACAUGACUUCCAGUUACUAUGGAAACAAAGACUGAUGAACAUUGCCCAUGUACGAUUGACCUACAAGAUAAAAGCUAUGGAUGUUAUGAUCACAUCACAUAAUGUCAGGAAAAAUGACGAGGGACUGGUCAUUAUUGGAGGAAGUUUCUCACACACAGUACAUGAUACCAACACAACUAAAGUUUCAAAUGGCACAACACUAGAGAAUGCUACCAAGGAGGAUAACUCUUUAACACAUUUCUCUUCUUUUGCCAUAAGUGCAAAAGAUGGAUCCACCAGGUGGCACCACUUACCAGGAGAUUUUGGAGAGAUAGAUACAUCAGUGAAGGAUAUACAUGGUGACCAUCAUUGGAAGUUAGCUCUGAAGAGACAUAGGCUCCAUGUAGGAGAAAGUCCUUGGAAUCUUUAUAAACAGGAAAUCUGGAAAUAUCUGCCACAUUUCUGGAAUAGUCUAGAAGAUACAAAGAUAAAAUUAGGUCGUUUUCAAAAACAAGAUGAGGCUAUUAUGGAUAAUCAACAACAACAAAAAUCUGCUCUCAGACCAGAACAUAUAAUGGGAUAUGCUUAUGGUGGUCAGCGACCGCACACAGAUGAUGAACAUAUAGUCAAUCCUAAUGUAGUGGUCAUCCAUAAUCAUAACGGACUUGAGGUCCUUAAUCUACUGACAGGACAACCAGUGACACAGUUUCCUUUAGGAUCUGAUGGCGCCAUCUAUAUUGAUAUUGAUUACGAUGGUUACGUUGAUAGAGUUUCAUGGGGAGCAGAAGAAGGACGUAGCCCCUGUUAUGUUGAUAUCUGGAGAUUACAACCUGUAAAGGAGAAAAUGGAAGGACUAGCUGUAUGUAAACUUUUCCGUGUCUUUUUCUCCUCGUCGUGGGCUUAUGAUGAGGAUAUUCUUAAGAAGUUACCACCCAUACUCAUUAAAAGUAUAUCAAGAAAGACCGGUAUUCUGAGGCAUUUACUGGGACAUCAUUUACCAACUAGUAAACAACCCUAUGACAUCAUCACAAUGGGUAGUUAUGGUAGAGUAUCAUCGUAUGACAAAGAAGGAAAUGUCAACUGGCAGGUUGGAACACCAGCCAGUUGGUCUGUAGAAUCACAAGAUAGAAAGAGGGAAGUAGACAGCGAGCCAGAGAAGUUACAACAAUAUAUGGACAGUUUUUAUCCUAGUAGGCAACUUAUGUCACUGCAGGUCUAUGGUCACAAGGAUGCCAUGGUGAUGUCUGGCUGGUCAAAUAUAGCCAUUGUUGACCUUAAAGAAGGAAAUCUGCUAGCCUCUCAUUCGUUACCAUGUCAACCCAGUAGUCCUCUUGUUGUAGGGGACUUUGAUAAUGAUGGAUUAAAUGAUAUUAUAGUAACAUGUAAAUUAGGGUACCUUGGUUUUUCAAUACAUCAUCAUACAAACCAUAUCUACACCAUGUUGUAUGCUGGGAUGGUAUUUGGUGCUAUUUUAAUCCUGUCCUGGUUAUGUUCGCCUGCCACAUACUACAGUAAUGAGAAAGAGGAAGACAGUGAUAGUGAGGAGGACAGAAUGGACGAUUAUUGAAACAGGGAUACAGUUAUGUUUUAUACUGAUUCCAGUAGACAAGACAAUGCUUGAGCUCUUAGGGAACAAAUCAUGGUUGUGAAGUCUAGCUUUGAAAGUAGUGUAAGAAGAGAGUUGUAAAGGAAGUAUGUGCAUGGAUGAAAUGGAAAUAAAUAGCUAUUUCAUGCUGAAUAAAAAAAAUGAUAACCUGGAUGUUGCUUUUUUACAAAUUUAGAUGAAACACAGUAAAUGAUGAGCUUCAAGCAAGAAAACAAAUGAAAUAAAGAUUGCAAACAGGGUGCAUAAAAAUAACCCUUUACCACACUCUGUCAAGAAGGCAGACAUUGUGGAAAGAAUUUUUUAAUUUAAAUUGAAAAUAAUGUUGAAAUAACAGAAAGUCUAUGCGUUUACUUUUUUACAUUGGCUAGAGGUAUAGGGGGAGGGUUGAGAUCUCACAAACAUGUUUAACCCCGCCGUAUUUUUGCGCCUGUCCCAAGUCAGGAGCCUCUGGCCUUUGUUAGUCUUGUAUUAUUUUAUUUUAGGUUCUUGUGUACAAUUUGGAAAUUAGUAUGGCGUCCAUUAUCACUGAACUAGUCUAUAUUUGUUUAGGGGCCAGCUGAAGGACGCCUUCGGGUGCGGGAAUUUCUCACUACAUUGAAGACCUGUUGGUGACCUUCUGCUGUUGUUUUUUUCUAUGGUCGGGUUGUUGUCUCUUUGACACAUUCCCCAUUUCCAUUCUCAAUUUUAUUAUGUUAUACUUAAAUUUAUUGAAAAUUCUAAAAAGAAAAUGUGAAAAAUUGCCAAGGCAUUCCGUGGGCAGUAUCAUUGUCUGUCUGUGCCUUAAUCAGUGCAUAGCAUUGCCAUAAAAUUUAAAACACAUGAUUCCAAUCUAGCAGUGUAGCUGAAUUAUGAUAGCAGGAAGAAAACGCCUUUCACUGCCAUUUAUAAGAUUUAUUUGGUGUUUUUAUAUGAGAAAGUAGAUUUAAAAUAUUUCAGAAAUAUUAACUGAAUAUUCAGACAAGGUAUUGUGAAAAUUAGAAUAAUUAAGGUUUUAUCAGAACUGAGGUUUGAUAAAUCCUCCUGCAUAAGAAAAUGCCUAUACCAAAUUAGGAACAUGACAAUUUUUUUAUAUUGUUAAGAUGUGUUUGAGCUAUGGAUUUUGUCAUUUUUUGAAGGACUUUUUGUGUUGAAUUUCCCUUGCAGUUUGGAAGUAUUGUUAAUUUACUUUUUGAUAUUAUCUUGAUUUAUUUCGUAUUUUGAUUACACAACUGGCAAUUGAACCUUACCCUAUAUUCCACUGUUAAUGGUGAAUGGGUGUUUAUCUUUCAUUAUUUCAUAUAUCCAUUUGGAACACUUAAUUUCUAAUUUGUUAUAUUACUAGCAAACUAUAAGAUCAUUAUAUUGAGUACAUCUGUUUUGAUUUUUUAUCAAGAACAAUUUUGUUGUUUCUCAUAAUCAUUUUGUUAUCAAGCAUAUGGAUGUAGGUCAAACUAUCAGAUUGAUUUUUUAUCAAGAACAUUUUGUUGUUUCUCAUAAUCAUUACAUUAUCAAGCGAAUUGAUGGUAGUCAAACUACCAGAUCAUUUUAUUGUGUAUAUCUGAUUUAAUUUUGUUCUAACACAUAAUGUUGUUGUUUCCCUUAAACAAGAAUAACACUUGAACUGAGGUUAAGCACAUUAUGAUCUCAAUUUUGUUUUUUAAAUAAAACUGAACGAAUAAAAGAAUUUAACCUA